AUGGAGGACAUUUGUGCAUCGAGGGAAGAUUAUGCUAGUAAUAGGUCAAAAUUGUUGCCGUUUUCCCCAAUUCAAAGUCAAAGUUUCCACACAGCUUAUAGCAAAGGAGUUGAACAUUGCAGAUCUGAUAGGAUUCCGAUGAAUUCCAACAGUCAUGGAAUCUUAAUAUCAUCUAAAGCUUGUACUUAUCAUCAUCGUAAUUGUUAUCCUAAAGGCAUAAACGAAGAAACAGAUGGUGGUGAUUUCAGGUUAGAUAUGCCGGCUAGGAGUACACCUACCACCGCCUCCACGAGCCAUACACUCAAUCCCAAAAGAAAGCAACAACGCUAA